AUUUGAUGGAAACGAAAAGUCAUUUAGUUCCGUUUGGAAACGCAUAAGUAAUAAUUCAGUUUAGACGUAAGCAGCAAGACGUGUAGCAGUAGAUAGUUGCCCAGAUCCCGUUCAUCCCUAUUCAAAACCAUGACAACAUGAAACAAGCUCGGAUUUAUUCGAGAAAGUUAAAGGACAUUGUGCGGGGGCGUCAAUCAGGCAUUAUUUCAGGACUGAACAAAUGCAAAAUCUUGACUGGAACAAAUGCUUCCAACGGGUCUCGGACGCGGGGCUACAUUUCCCUCUUUUGUUCCUGGUCGCUGGUUGGCAUGUAUUUGUGUUCUUUUUUUCGGCCGACCACCCAGGACGACUAGACGAGAACGGAUACCCACUCUGUUUGGGAGGGUCUCUGCAGUCAUCCAGAGCGCGCUCUCUCAGGAAUCAUCCGAACCCAGUGAUGCCUCGCGCACUUACUGGUGAGGUGAAGGAGUAAGCAAUAGUCCAUAUAACAACAUAUUACUUUUUUGUUCUUUUUUUGGCUACUGUGGUUAUCUUGGAUUUCUCCGAAGGAAUAACCAGUGAAGUUAAAUAAAAAAUAAAAAAAACUGAUAUAGGCUAAUGAAUAUAUCAUAAUUGAACCCAACGUUGAUGCAUGAGUAGAUGCAACUUAAACUUAAACAGUUAGGUUUUAAUUUCAUAUCCCAAAAAUAUAUUUGAUGAAGACAAUUUUGUGCUUUUUUACAGUAGGCUAUAAAGGACAGGCUACUUGUCCAUGAGCCCACGGAUGUAUAAAUUUCAUAAACUACCAUGAAAUAUCACCCUACAUUUAACCCGUAACCCGUGCUUGUGCAAUAACACCUGCAAUAAACGACAUUACCCCAAUAAACGAAUUAGGAAAACCAACUCUAGACGCUAAUGGAUCACUUUGUAUGCAAAUAUCCGAUAUGUUAUUUGAGCGGGGGAAAGAAGGGAGGGCUCUUGUUGUCACUUGCCACCCAAGACGUGAUUCAGCCUCAACAAUUACCAUUAUCUGUUUCCCGAAUUCGGACGAAUCAGUAAUGAUGAAGAGUGUUACCCUCCAUCAUUGUGAAAGUAACGGGCUAUUCUUUGCCGAGUUCACACCUACCAUUACAGGGAUUUAAGUACACGAGUCAUUGAGGUACUUAGAACCCAUAAGUAGGAGAGGCCUGAAAGCAGCCAGCAAGUGCUGUUUAUAUAAACACCGCGACAUCAGUGUACACAUUGUCACUUGGAUGCGCGUCUUGAAAACGCACACAUCACUUCAGCACUGCGACUGAGGAUAGCUCUUCAACAUCGAGAACCACCAGUCCUGCAACUAACAGCGCUACAGAUGGCUAUUUCGAACAAGUUCAGUUUCACUGUGAGAAGUAUUUUGGAUUUGCCAGAAAACGACUCCGAAAACAUCGCGCACCAUUCUCCAGAGGACACGUUUUCCGUCUCACCUUACUCGUCUUGGACUGAGAACGACAGAGGACAUAUAUCAUCAGACGAGAGCAACCUUGAGGCUUCACCAGACUCCACGGGCCAAGAUGUGCUUUCAAUGGAUACAGAGCAUGAAAAGAGGAAGAAGCGACGCGUGUUAUUCUCCAAGGCUCAGACUUAUGAACUGGAGAGACGCUUUCGUCAGCAGCGGUACCUGUCCGCUCCGGAACGAGAGCAGCUCGCGCACCUGCUACGUCUCACACCCACGCAGGUCAAAAUCUGGUUCCAAAACCACAGAUACAAAAUGAAGAGAGCGCGGAUAGAGUGCGCUCAGGACCUCAAUCAGCCUCCGGUUUUGCGCAGGGUCGUGGUGCCCAUUUUGGUCCGAGAUGGCAAACCGUAUCAGAACUGCUCCAUCGAUGCAGAAAAAGGAAGAUGCAUCGUUCCACCAACAGUACCAUCCUCCUCAUCCUUCAGCGUUCAAGGUUUCCAGUCUUUACAGCAGCAGACGACGCCCUUUGCGCUUUUCCCCACAUACCAGCACUUUACCAACACAGCGGCCUCCCGUCACCACUUUUGUGUUUGGUGAGACUCACUUCAACUAACCACACGAACUAUUUCGAGACUUACCCCACAGGACAGAGCAUGGAUUCAAGUUCUUUCAAGUUGUUUUUAAUUACAUAAAGUCUUUGGUCUAUUAAAGUAGAAACUUUCAGCUUUGAUUUGAAAUGAAUAAAUAAAUGCUGUUUGCACAUAUUAUGUGAUCUAUUUAGUUUUGGUUCGGGCAGUUGCGUUUUGCUAAUUGUUUGUGUAUUAAUGUGGAUAAUUGCUUAGUGUGUAUGUUUGAUCAGUUUGUAUUUGUUUUAAACCAAAUGUUUAUAUAUCAGUGAGAAAAAAAUAUAUUUGUUUUAUACAGUGAACAGUGUAGAUUUGGAUGAAAUAGCAUCAUCCUAAAAUGUUACACGUUUUCGUUCUUUAUUCUUCUAUGUAUUACAAAAAACCUGAGAAUAAUAAUAAUAAAGAAAAAACAUGUUUAGCAGUGUAUAGCCUAUGCUACUUCUGUUUCAAUUUUCCAUACAAAUUGUGUUUAUAGCCUACAGAUCGUAUUAAAUGUUCUUUUAGCAUGAAAUCACUCCUUUUAAUCAUUAAGAUUAAAAAUAUAUAAAAUAUAUUCCCCCUUUAUUGUUUGUCAAUUGUUUAGUAUAAUUCGUUCACCUUUCUGUUAAUCCCCGCGAUUGUUAGACAGUGUUUGUAUAAAAGAUCUCAGAUUGAACUGAAAAGAGUAUAGCCUACCAGAAUUAUAGCGCACAGCAAGAGGUGCGUGCUUUUGUAAUGUUAAGACGUCCACUUUCACCCAACAGAGCAAAUAACCAGCCUAAAGAAAUAACUCUUAUUAAGACUCAACUGUGGCCUAAACACUGAGGAAGAAAUGUAAGAUGCAUAAAAAUUUUCAUUUAUGGGUGAUUUGCGCAUUUAUU